GCGUGAAGGAUCCGCGACGGGAGGCCGCGAUGAGCGACAUGGUGGAGAGGACGCUCACGGCGCUGCCGGGGCUCUUCCUGCAGAACCAGCUGGGAGGGCCUGCGGCCUCCAGAGCACCCUUCUUCUCCAGGCUGGGCGGCCUCAUCCGCGGCGUCACUGCACUCUCGUCCAAGCACGAAGAAGAGAAAUUGAUCCAGCAGGAACUGAGCAGUCUGAAGGUGACUGUUUCCGCCCCAACUACAACACUGAAAAUGAUGAAGGAAUGUAUGGUGAGACUUAUAUACUGUGAAAUGCUUGGAUAUGAUGCUUCCUUUGGAUAUAUACAUGCAAUCAAGUUGGCCCAACAAGGAAACCUCUUGGAAAAAAGAGUGGGUUAUUUGGCUGUUUCUUUAUUUCUACAUGAAAGUCAUGAACUUUUGCUUCUUCUUGUGAAUACAGUAGUAAAGGACCUGCAGAGCACUAACCUGGUAGAAGUAUGUAUGGCCCUUACUGUUGUCAGCCAGAUUUUCCCUCGAGAAAUGAUUCCAGCUGUUCUUCCACUAAUAGAAGACAAACUUCAACAUUCUAAGGAGAUUAUACGAAGAAAAGCAGUUCUGGCAUUAUACAAAUUUUAUGUCAUUGCCCCUAAUCAAGUACAACAUAUCCAUACUAAAUUUCGGAAAGCACUUUGUGACAGAGAUGUUGGAGUCAUGGCUGCCUCUUUGCAUAUAUACCUUAGGAUGAUUAAGGAAAAUUCCUCUGGAUAUAAAGAUCUGACUGAGAGUUUUGUGACAAUUUUAAAGCAAGUGGUGGGAGGAAAGCUCCCAGUUGAGUUUAGUUACCACAGUGUGCCAGCGCCAUGGUUACAGAUCCAGCUCUUGAGAAUACUGGGCCUGCUGGGAAAGGACGACCAAAGGACAAGUGAAUUAAUGUAUGAUGUUCUUGAUGAGUCCUUACGAAGAGCCGAGUUAAACCACAAUGUCACUUAUGCUAUUCUGUUUGAAUGUGUACACACAAUCUAUUCUAUUUAUCCUAAAUCAGAAUUACUUGAGAAGGCUGCCAAGUGCAUUGGAAAAUUUGUUCUGUCACCUAAAAUAAACCUCAAAUAUUUAGGACUGAAGGCUCUUACCUAUGUUAUCCAGCAGGAUCCUUCUCUGGCUCUUCAACACCAGAUAACCAUAAUUGAAUGCCUAGACCACCCUGAUCCCAUUAUUAAAAGAGAGACUCUGGAACUUCUUUACAGAAUUACAAAUGCACAGAAUGUGACAGUUAUUGUACAGAAAAUGCUUGAAUAUUUGCAUCAGAGCAAAGAAGAGUAUAUCAUCAUCAACUUGGUUGGCAAAAUAGCUGAGCUGGCUGAGAAAUAUGCUCCUGACAACGUAUGGUUUAUUCAGACAAUGAAUGCUGUGUUUUCAGUGGGAGGAGAUGUAAUGCACCCUGAUAUUCUCAGUAACUUCCUGAGACUGCUAGCAGAAGGUUUUGAUGAUGAAACAGAAGAUCAACAAUUAAGAGUCUAUGCAGUUCAGUCUUACCUUACUUUACUAGAUAUGGAAAAUACUUUCUAUCCACAGAGAUUUCUUCAAGUUAUGAGUUGGGUGUUAGGAGAAUAUUCCUACCUCUUAGGUGAAGAAAGUGCAGAGGAAGUUAUAACCAGGCUCUACAAGUUACUUAUGAGUGACUCCAUUUCUUCAGAAACAAAAGCCUGGUUGAUUGCUGCAGUGACCAAGCUGACACCCCAAGCACAUUCUUCUCAUAUAGUUGAGAAAUUAAUCCAAGAAUUCACUGUGUCUUUGGAUACUUGUCUAAGACAGCAUGCAUUUGAAUUGAAGCAUCUGCAUGAAAAUGUGGAACUUAUGAAGACCUUGCUUCAAGAUACUCAGAAUUGUGAAGACACAGUGGUGGACGCUUCUUUAUCUUUUCUGGAUGGCUUUGUAGCUGAAGGGCUCAGUCAGGGGGCAGCACCUUACAAACCGCAUCACCAGCGCCAAGAGGAACAGCUUUCUCAAGAAAAAGUUCUCAAUUUUGAACCAUAUGGACUAUCAUUUUCGUCAUCUGGCUUCACUGGACGACAGUCACCUGCUGGCAUUUCUCUGGGCUCAGAUAUAUCUGGAAAUAGUGCUGAAAUGGGACUGAAAGAGACAAGUAGCUUAAAGCUGGAAGGUAUAAAGAAAUUAUGGGGCAAAGAGGGCUAUCUCCCCAAAAAGGAGAGCGCAGCUGGUGAUACAAUGGAAGUGCCGCAUGUCCCUGGGGAGGGUGCGACAAUGGAGACUGUCAGCCAGGCCUCAGCCAGAAAAGACCAAGCUCAAAGCCUCACCCAAUCUACAGAGGAGAAAGAAAAGCAGUUGUUGGCAUCCUCACUGUUUGUUGGGCUUGAACCAGAAAAUACAAUCAAUUUGUUGGGAAAAGUAGACCUCGUGUCUCACAAGUUCAGGAGGAAAUCAAAAUUCAAGGUUGCCCAAAGUGACAAGACACCCAGUGCUCAUAACCCUGCCUCCUCCACCCUCAGCUCUGUCUCAGCUGUGGCCUGUGGGGAUGACAACUCUCUGAGUGCUUUGAAUAGAGGGGACACUGAACUCAGUGUAGAGCUCUUUGGUUCUGGAUCUUUGUCAGAGCUGUCCUCGGUUGAAAAACUCUCAAGUGUCAGCUCACCUGCGCCUUCUUUGUUUGCUGAUAACAACAUGGAAGUUUUCCACCCCACUUCGUCCUCCACAACUUCAGCUGCAGCCUCUCUGUUGGAAGAAACUCCGGAGCGUGGGCACUCAAGUCCCAUGGAAAUCUGUAGUAACGACACGGUGUCAGUGUCUUCUUACAAAAUUUGGAAAGAUGAUUGUUUAUUGGUGGUCUGGGCAGUCACCAGUAAGACUGAUUCAGAGGUGACAAAUGCUAAGUUAGAAAUUUUUCCUGUGGAAAACUUCAAGAUCAUUGAGCAACCUGGAUGCUGUUUGCCUGGGAAGGAAAGCACCACAUCUUUUCAGUAUGGUGUGCAGAUGGAAAGCCCCUCUGUAGAGGGGACUCUCUGUGGUGUUAUAAAUUACCAGAUGAUGGAUGCACAUUCUCUUCAGUUGAAAUUUUCCAUGAACUUAUCAUUAUUAGAUUUUAUUAGGCCAUUAAAGAUCUCAACUGAAGACUUUGGCAAACUCUGGUUGGCCUUAGCAAAUGAUGUGAAGCAAACUAUAAAAAUAUCAGAGCCUCAAGUUGCCUUGGCUUCUGUCCUAACAGAGCUGCAGCAGAAGCUGGGACUUCAUGUCAUUGAUGUCGUAGGCAAUGAAGGGCUGUUGGCAUGUAAGCUGCUCCCCUCCACCCCGUGUGUUCUGCACUGCCGAGUGCACGCUGACGCGGUGGCCCUGUGGUUCCGGUCCUCCUGCUCUGCUCUUCCAGACUGUUUGUCGUGCCACUGUCAGAAGGUGAUGGAGACGUCCUAGCAGUGCUCUGUUCGGUUUACUUUCUCACAUAAAUGGUUUACAUUUAUAAACUUACCAAAGUACAAAGAACUCAUGGUACUUCUGAUGGAAAUGGGGAUUAUUGUAAGGUUCGGUUUAUGCGUUUUCUUCUUGAUUUCUGAUAAGGAUGAUCCCCAAGAAACUGUAUCACUAAACUAAUUUUUUUACUCAGGAUUGUACAGUAUGUUUGGGUCUCCCCAAAUGACCUAAGCUAAUGUUAUAAAAUGUAAUGAUUUGUAUAUCACUUAAUGUGAAGGAACUGAAAAUAUUUAUUUUGUUAUAAGUGUUUUAUAACAGGUUUAUUCUAGCAUUAACUGAUUUCUAAUAAAGCCGAGACUCAGUUCUCCUCUUUGAUGCAGGGACACAUGA